AUGGCAGCGGCAGCAUCAUAUAAUGAGUCCUAUGGUUUAAUUAUUUUGGGCAACUCUGGCGUAGGGAAAAGCUUUCUGGCUAAUGUUCUUCUUGGGCAAGACGUAUUUACUCAUGCUUACGCUGCUCGAGCAGUGACAGUCGAAACCGAAUUUAAAGAAGUUUGCAUGGGUGAUCGAAUCUAUGCGAUUUUCAACGUUCCUGGCCUCAUUGAAGCUGACCAACAGCGUAUAGAAAUGAACAAACGCGAGAUAGACAAAGCAUUUCAAGCACGACCCACAUCAAUAGUUAUGUACGUGUUUGGACAACAAAACGGUCGUAUUCGAGAUGAAGACGUAGUCGCGUUCAAUGCUCUCAAUCAAGCCUACCCAUUCGACGCCGAUUCGCUCAUAGUCGUUGUUAACUCAUUGGCGAAAGAUCGUCCCGAGGACUACGAAGGUGAAGCCACUGUAUUACUGCAGCAACUCAUUGAAAUGCCCCGUUUAAACAUUUGUUUUCUCAAUGCGAUUGACAAGAAAAAGCCCUCUGAGAGACAAACUUUGAACAAUAUUCUUCUACAGGUAAUCGUCGAACGAACUGCGCAUAAUUAUUCAAAGAAACAGGAAAUCGAGAUCGAAAGUAAAAAUGUACGUGGAGCGAAAGAACGAAUUCAGAGUCUCCAGCAAGAUUUUCAACAGAACAAGCGAGCGUACGAAAAAGAAAUUCGAGAGCAUCAAACCAUCUAUGAAACAUUCUUCACUGAAAUACGGAGUGAGAACGAAAAUAUACAACGUCUCAUUGACAGGCAGGUGAAAAAACAACAAGAUCCUGAGCAGCCUGACAAAUUACACACACUGAAAGACGGACAUGUAUCAGCAAUGAAAAAAGCAACGGAACGUGUCUUUCAGCUAAAUAUUGCACAGGAUGAAAUAAAUUCACAAGUUCAACGAAUACAAGAAAAAGUAACUGAACGUCUAUCACAGCGGAUUUUGCCAACACAACCAGCUGUUUUCAAACCAGCACAGCUUCCUUGUGGAGGCUCCGCUUGUCAUAAAUGUGAGAAAUGUCGUGACUGGUACGAUACUACAGCUGAUCUAGAUGAUAAGGCACGUCGUCUUCGUAAACUUUCCCUUGGUGGCUUAUGUUUCAAAAAGCGUACGGAUACAACAUGUAAUCUUGUUCGUCUUUACGGUCUACUUCAUCCGUGCCGAUGUACUGAUAACAGAGACGAUAACGCUGAUUGA